AUGGGCCUCAGCCGGCGGGCCAAGGCGGCCGAGUCCGGGGCGGCCGCUUCGUCGUCUUCGUCCUCUUCCUCGUCAGCGUCUCGGCUGCUGGCCUUCUUCUCGCACAGGAAGCAGGACGCGCAGGUUCCCGAGCAGCAGGACAAGCGGCGCCACCUGCGCAUCAAGACCAAGCACAAGCGGCCCAAGCAGAGGAGCCGCAGCCGCAGUCGCAGCUUCAGCGGCGCGGAGGACAACAACGACGACGGCGACGACGCGCCCGGCUCGCCGCACGCCAAUGUGAGACUACGCCAGUCCCCGGGCGGCCGGGCCAACGUCCAGCUGGCCGUGCGAGUCGCGCGUGACGCGUCCAGCUCAGCAACUUCAGCUUCAGGAUCGGGCUCUGGGUCGCCGCCCUCGUGCGUCGGCGUGUUCCCGCAGCGCUCGUCGCGCUCGUCGUCGCUGCAGUACUCGACCAGGUCGUCGUCCGAGUCGUCGUCCGCCUCCAGCUCGAGAUCGUCCGGGUCCUCGCUCCGACGGGAGCGCCGACAGAACUUCAUCGGCCUGGCCAUUAGCAGAGACCACGACGACCUGGCCCGUCGACGGCGGUCGUCGUCGCUGGACUCGUCAUCCACCGACUCGGAGUCGUCCUACCAGGAGGCCAGCGCCUUGUCCUCUCCGUCCAGCUUCCAGCCGCGCGAGAUGUGGCGCGAGAGCUCCGUGGAUGAAUUCCUGUCGUGCUUCCCGAGAGACCUGACGGCCGACGUGCGCGUCACCUGCAACGUGGUGAGCCCCAAAGCCUCCAAGAGGUACAUGCGCGGCCUCAUCGCGUCGCUCGAGUUCGAGAUCCGCGCAACCAAGUGGGCCGCCUACUUCCUCCAGAUCGUGCACAACGCGCGCAAGCAGAAGCGCGUCACGCUGCGCACGGCCAUCUCGGUCAAGUGGGCCAUCUGCGCUCACGUGCAGGGCGCGGCCCACGCGCGCCUGGAGCAGCAGAAGAGAUCGGAUCUGACGCUGCAACGCAAGAUGACGGAGUAUCGCGUGGCCCUGCAGUGUGUGGCCGGCACGAGUGUGGUCAAGUAUGGACGCAAGGGCAAGCCGCACGCCACAAACUUGUGCGUGGAGAACGGCGACACGUUGCGGUGGACGUCCAAGCUGCUGGCCCACGCGACGCACAUCGCGGUGGACGGCGUGGCCGCUACGACGACCAUGGGUAAGAAGCGCGUCAAGGCCAAGAACGCCAUCCCUCUCGCCAGUAUCCUGCGCGUCACCUCCGGCCCAACUACGAGCGUCUUGGCCCGGGCACUGCACAAAGGCACGCUGGUGCUGGACGACGCGACCUGUACGCUGUCGGUGGUGACGCAUACGCGAACGCUGGAUUUGAAGGCCAAGAAUGCCGAGGAGAGGGAGUGGCUUCAGCGCAGCCUGGAGUUUCUUGUGGACCUUGCGCGGGAUCACGAGCGACGCGUGGCGCAGCAAGUGGAGCUCACGAUCAUGAAGAGAAUGGAGACGUUGCCCGUGUGGAAGUACGGCCGCAAGGGCCGGCCGCACAAGACUCGGGUGUUCGUGGACCGCUUCGGAGAGGUGUCGUGGCUUGGGCGAAGUGGAGAUUCGCUGCAGCUUGACGAGAUCAUUUCAGUCCAGGAAGGCCACCACACACCGGUCUUUGCAAGAGCGAGAGCAGCAGGAAUGGUGUCGCCGGCCAAGGCGGCCCACUGCUUCUCGCUCGUGACCGCGCUGCGUACACUGGACAUUGAGGCCGUCAACGAGCAGCAGCGCGACUGGUUCGUGGUAGCCUUCCGGUACCUGUUGGACAAAGUCCACGAGAAGACGGCCGCAAUGCAGCGUGAGCGGGCCGAGAGGCAGCUUCGCAUGCUGCAGGAACUCUGUCGCGAAGACGAAGAGGACGACUACCUCACCGGCGACGGUGACGACAUGUACUAUGACGAUUACCCGCCAGCACGCCGUGCGUAA